AUGCCUGCACUCGAGUACCGGCCACUUAACGCCCUCCCGCUAAGAGUCCAAAGUCAAGAAAUCUCCUUCUUCGAGUGGGUCACGCUCCUCACCUUGUGCCUGACUCCUCUUGUUGCCCAUAUCCUCGUUGGUGUCCCCUCUCCAACCCAUCUUGACGGCAAGCGACCAACUUGGCAUCAUCGGAUCUGUCAUUACAACCCAACCUCUAUUCUUUGGCGCUACGCAAUCAUUGCUGAUCGGAGAAUCCGUGCUCAGAACUGGAGCAAAGCCGAUCUCGCCGCCACGAAUGCCUUGUUCUGGACUGGGGAACGCUGGGAUGGUUCAGAAGCCAUGACCAAGUGCACUCACCAGCAUUGUGUUCAUCUGCCAGAGGACACUCGAGCUUCUUUCUUCUCAAGAGAAAUGGUCAAGACCCUCAUCGUCACUUUUCAAGGGUUGCAGGCCAUCACCCUCUUAUCAGGCGGGCUCACCGAGGGUGCUAUCGGCUUCACAAAGUGGAUGGCAGUCGACAUCAUCUUCUUCCCCAUCGCUCUCAUUGGCUUGCUGAGACUUUUAUGUUGCUUCUGGAUUACCGACGACUUCUCAUAUCCAUCUCCCAACAAUGUCUCACCGUGCCGCCGGUCGGGCAAUUCCACUGAUAACUUCUCAUGCUCGUGCCGCCAGCCGGAUAGCUCUGGCCAGUCAUUCGAGCGCUUCUCAGAAGACAAUCGAUUCCUACCUACUACCUAUUGGCGUAGUAUCUUGUUUCGUUUGGUCUAUGGUCUGUCCAUACUCGGGCUGUUGGCCUUGGCCAUCUGUUACGCGAUAUCGGGCGGUAACUAUACGGCAACAACUUUUACUGUCUUGCUCUUCUAUCUUGUGUUUCUUGCGGCAACUACCAUCAUCUUUUUCAUCUUUUUCGUCUGCAAGCAUGAGACAACGACCAUUAUACCCUGUAUUUCAGAAACUUGGUAUCAGAUCUACACCGGGUGCAUCAUCAGCUUCGCGGUCAUUGCCAUUGUCAUCGCCUGCCUCGAGACCCGCAAGUCUCCAUGCGGCAAGUUCACCAGCGGCUACGGUCAUGACGCCGACGUCAGGGCAUGCCUGGGUUCAGUUGCGGAUGCUAUUCCGGUCAGCGAGGGAAUUGAUGAGCCAUUCUUCGGGUUGGCUGCCUACGGGUUUACCAAGAAGAACAAUGGCAGCUUCGUCAAGGUUGAUGACACGCAGCAGGUGGCCAAUUUUACUGGGAUGUGCCUUGGGAAGCUGGAGUUGUAA